AUGGGGGUAUGCCAUAAAUUCCGAAACCUCCUUCUCAAGACUCGACCUCUUACCGGCUAUGCCGCCACCGGUCAAAAGUUCACCUUCGACGUUGAACGUGACACUCUUUUGGUCCAUGGUAUGAACAUUCCGGACUUCCUCAAGACCCCCCAGCUUCCCAACCUUCAUGGCGUCCGUCGGCUCGUGUCCCAUCUCCCUUAUACAAUUGGGUGGGGUUCAUACGAUUACCUGCAGAGAACAAUGCGAGGUAUGCGGCACCCGUGGGCUAUUGAUGCAAUGGCCCAUGAUCCACUUGAUACCGCUUAUGAGGAGAGCCUACCAUUCGAAACAAGCUUUACCGUCGCCCAAGAGCUAGGAUCUCUUUGUUUUGAACACUACCAAGAUCGUUACGAGAUCCCGAUGAUUGGCCUACACGGAUACAGCAAGACUCGUCGUGACCGACGCAACCCGCGUCAGCAAGAGUAUUCUCAGGGCGGUCAAUGGGCUGGCUUUCGUGUCUACCUCGCGAUGCAGGAAGUUGAAUUCCGACCACUCACUUGGGAUGAAGUCGAACAUCUUGUUCACCAACCGAAGCAGCCAGAGAACAUUAUUCGGGACCAGACCAAGGAGCUUCCUGGCGGAGCGUACGGAUGGAUCAAGGUCAAAGAGUAUAAUGCUGCGACUGAUGAGCUUUGGGUCAAACAGGUAGCAACCACUUGGAAGAUGGUUCACGCGAGCCUUCAUCAACCUGGGGAUGAUAUCGAAGACUAUAUUAUCGGUCCCCAUUGA